UCGUUUUUUCCUGACUGAUAUUCUGUCCUGAAUGGAUUUUCUGCAGGUCAGCCUUAAUACGCCGCAGCUAACUACUACGAUCUACCCCUAAAACACUCAUUUAACAUGUUUACCAAGAGACAUCUCACCCAAAACACGUUGCCGCUGUAUUCUACUUUCUUAUCUAAUGUUUUGUCAGCUUUGAGAAAAAGCUGUUUUCCUGUUUCAGAAACUUAGCAGUUUGCUUUAAGUGUUGAAAAUGUUAGUGACUGGUGUUUCAGCUGCUCUCAAUGCAGCCGUCUCCCACUGAGCUCAUUGGGCAGGGCUGGUCACAUGACACACGCAGGAGGAAACCUGCAGCACCAUUAGGAGUCUGUCUUUCACCGUGAACUUCUCUCUAAAGGGAGAAAGACAUAUUAGAUUAGAAAAAGCAAGAUCAUCAAAAUAACGUGCAUCGCCCGCUGCCGUUUUGAAAGCCGAAAACAUGAAAAUAAGCAGCGCUUUUUAAAAACUAGCUGUGCAGAGUGCAGCUGCAUGGCUUUGCUGGGGUCAUGACUGACAAACAACAACAGGGCAACUACGAGUAGAUCACUAACCGUUGGCUGAUACCCGUGUUUGGAUCAGGGCAACCCAACUUCACAUGAUCAUGUGAAGAUUGAGAAAAUAUUUGAAAUCACAUUAGUAGUAGUGGUAGUACAUGUCAUAGUUCUACAGCUAUGCUACAAUUAUUAUUCAACUAUGAAAUUUGUUUCUUAUAGAAAAUGAGACAGGGGUCUCUAAAAUGUUGAAAAACUACUGUUAAUUUACAUUUUAAUGAAAGAUGGCACGUGAAACGUAUUUAUACCCAUCUCAAUAAUCAAUGGAGAUAUCUUUAUUGACAAUUUUUUUUAAUAAUAAAAGACAACCUAAGUUAUUCAAUCAGACAUAAAAUCAACAUCUUUUCUUGGUUUUAUCAUUACUACCUGAUUUUGGAGACCUUUGUUACAGUGACACUAAACACAUUAAUAUGACUAAUCAUGUGGUGGUGGUGUUGGUAAACCCCUGUGGUUAAGUUGAAGUGUGGGAGUGCCAGCAGAUCAACAACCCCUGUGAUGUCACCGUUUAUACGGUCUAUAAAAGAAGUGGGAUAACCCCAGUUGGAACAAAUCCCAGUAGGCCCAGGGAGAUAACUGAGGCGAAUAUAACAUCUUUCUCCUCUAUCAUUCUUGACCCAGAGUUUUUAUAUUCUCUUUUGCUUUAGCCUUUCUCUUACGGAUUUAACAUUAAUACUUUCCACAAAGAGCAUCUGACCAAACCCAGCGCUGUCGGACCAGAAGAGGAGGGUGCAACGCCUUGUGCCAGUGGAUCUUAUAGUUCAGGUCUUUGUGUCCCCGCAGACUGCCGUCAUGGUCUGCUUGCCGUGGAUGUUUGCCCUGGUCAUUGCCGCAGGUGUUCAUGGGAGUCCUCUGCUACCCCGUCUUCCUAUGGAAGAUGGCUGUUACAAGGUGUCGCCAGAGGUGGAGAUUUUCAGAGUGGAGGGCGAGGCUGUAAUCCUCCACUUCCCGAUGUUCAUGCGAGUUCUUGAAGUCCGUAAAAUCGCCCCACCACCAGCAGAGUAUCUCAUCAGCAGGAGCAACGGAACAGAUCAGACGACGUAUCGGAGCGAGGGCCGGGUCCAGCAGCAGGGUAGAGAGUUGUGGUUCCUUCCCGCCCGGCCUUCAGAUUCAGGGAAAUACACCUGCACUUACAGAAAUGAAACAUACUGUGUCACUGGGAGCAUCACGUUGCAUGUGUAUGAGUCCUCUUCUGUCGACAUUGAAAAGCUGUCAUACCCAUGGCCAGCCUUUGUGGGAGAGAAAGUGGAAUUUAUCUGCCCUUCCCUGGAUUGCUUUAACAACACAGACAGACCAAUAGAGUGGUACAAGGACUCCAGCCCCGCUCCUCUUCGCCCGGGCAGGGCUACUCUGAUGAUCCCUGCGGUAAAGCGCUCUCAUGCAGGAGUGUACACCUGCCAGCUGACAGUGCUCAUCAACAACCAGCAGUACAAAGUCAGCCGGUCUUUCCUGCUCCAUGUCAAAGGUUCAGACCCUGAACUCACUUCAUCCGUGCCUGAUGUCACCACACCAGGUCCAGCUCAAUCCAGCACCAGCACUCUCAGUACUGCCAGUGCAGUGAAACCACCGAUGAUUGUCUCGCCAAUUAAUGGAACCACAUUUGAAAGCCCUCAUGGUUCAGGACUGGAGCUGUUCUGUCAUGUGCUCACUGAAUGUCAACUGGCAGACUCAACUGUGGUCACAUGGCUGGUGAACGGCCAAUCGGUGGAGUUGUCCUACCUUGACAUGCGGGCUCUGCAGGGAGGGAGAAGGGUAACCCUGGAGUCUGAAAGGUGCCAGAUUGAACUGAGGCUUGUUAUCUCGAUUAUAACGGAGGAAGACGCGAGGACGGAGAUGAAGUGCGUCGCUCAGAACGCAGGCGGGAGACAGGAAGUUGUUACAAUGCUUCAACUGGAAGAUACUACCUUUACAUGGCUGGUUGUGGCUGUAGUGAUGGUGUCCAUCUUCCUGGCGGUUAUCUCGGCUUUCGUUUAUGUCCUCUUCAAGCCAAGGACUACAAAGAAAACGGAUUACAUUCUCGCCCGCCAGAGCAGCUCCUUUUCAGUCUAGCUUUUGCUUCAAACACUCCCUCCAACAAACAGAAACGCUCCUUUAAAUAGUCUUUGUGUCGACCAUGCUAUAUGUGGCCCUCUUCACAUGGCAUUUGGAGUUCCCACGGCUCACACACACCAGGUCUUCUGUCAUGAAUUCACCGGCCACUGGCGAGGAAGAAGGAAGAUGUUACAAUGAAAACACUUUCAUCAGCACCACUGAGAAAUGCUUGUUUGCUAAUGAGGUCGCAGCUCGCUGUGGUUUUGCACGUAGGUCAUUUAAGGCGGUAUUAGUCCCUUUACAUUAACCCGCGUCAGUCCAACUCAGUUUUGUUUGGUAAAUUAAAUGAAGCGACUACCUCAGUGACAGAGUUACCGAAUGUUACACACGUGUGUUUUUCUGCAGAUUUGUUGUAGAAAAACAUUAAAUAUGACUGAUACAUUGGCAUGUUUUUUUUUUCUCCCAAAAGUACAGCAAAUGUUCUCAGGGAGACAUUGUAUAUUACAGAAAACAUAUCAUCUCUUGCUGAAUUUUUAUGUUUUAACAUUUCAAGGACAGAAAUAAAGUGAACAUUCCGAG